ACGUGGGUGAGGAGAGGGAGAUGGAGAGAAAUGAGGUCUGAAAAGGACCAGAUGACCGUGGGCAAGGAGAAAAGUGUUGUCGAGAUACAGUUUAGGGAUAUCCCAAGAGAGCAGGAAAACACUUCUGGCAACCCGAAGCAGAAAGAAGAGAAGAAAGAGGUCUUUACGAAGGUGGUGAUUCGAAGGCUUCCACCUAACCUGUCAAAGGAUCAGCUAGAGGAACAGCUGAGUCCGCUCCCAUCUUAUGACUACUUUGAGUUCUUCCCAGCAGAUCAAAGUCUGUACCCCCACCUGUUCUCCAGAGCAUAUAUCAAUUUUAAAAACCCGGAGGAUAUCCUGCUGUUUAGGGACCGUUUUGAUGGCUAUGUCUUCAUAGACAACAAGGGCCAAGAGUAUCCUGCAGUGGUAGAGUUUGCUCCCUUUCAGAAGAUUUCCAAGAAGAAGUUAAAAAAGAAAGAUGCCAAAGCUGGGAGCAUUGAAGAAGAUCCAGAAUAUAAGCGCUUCUUGGAGAAUUACUCCUGCGAUGAGGAGAAGUCUAUGGCCAACCCUGAGACUCUGCUGGGAGAGAUAGAGGCCAAGACUAGAGAGCUCAUAGCCAAGCGGACAACACCACUGUUGGAGUACAUCAAAAAUAAGAAAAUUGAGAAACAGAGAAUAAGAGAGGAGAAGAGAGAGGAGAGAAGAAGAAGAGAGCUUGAAAAGAAACGGCAAAGGGAGGAGGAAAAGAGAAAGCGACGAGAGGAGGAGAGACGCAAGCGAAAAGAGGCAGAGAAGCAGAAGAAAUUGUCUGAUAAGGACAUUAAAAUUAAGCUCCUUAAAAAGAGUGACAGGGACGAUGAUGUGGAUUCAGACCGAAUGAAGGACAAGAGUGACACUGGAGAGGCAGACAGAGGCAAAUGGGAGAAAACUGGAGGACAAAUGAAGUCAAAGGACCCCAAAGACAAAGGUCAGCCUGAGAGCGACAAGGAGCAGCGGGAGCAGCAUGGGCGCAGGCAGAGAGAUAAAGAUCACCGUGGGAAAGAUGAGGAGAGGAAAAGACAGAGACACCACUAUGAGUUUGACAAGUUCAUGCGGCGGAAGGAUGAGACCAAAUGGGGGAAGGGCUACUGCCAGGACCGGGCAAAAAAAGAGAGCCACCAUCAUGGCUAUUCUUAUUGUCCCGACAGUGGAGACAAGAUGGGAAAGGAGGAGAGAGAGGACUUGGGUAACAGGAAGGAACGCCUCCGAAACAAGGUGAGCGAGAAGGACCGCCCGGCUAUGCAGCUCUAUCAGCCGGGCGCACGCAACAGAAAACGCAUGAGCUCGGCAGGCAAAGGCUACGACUGCAUCCCUGUGGGCCACUCACCUGAACCCAGAGCAGAGCACUGUUAUGAUGUUGUGACCAUGGCAACGGGGCUGGAGAAAGGUUUCGAGAAAAGUAAAGAUGAGCAGUGAGCAGUGCUGAUAAGGGGAAAAACAAAUCAGUUAUUCAGCUCUUUCACCUAAGUUGAUGGUGACACAUCUGACUGGUUAUUACUGAGCUUUCUAGAUGAAUACACCCGGCUGAAAAGGAAAGGCACUUCAAAAGCAAACAGCCUUGUAGUAAUUUUUCCACAUGUUAGGUGUGAUGAAAUUCAGAGAUCUGAGUGUUGGUCAGGGGGUGGGGGGCGGUGACAGCACAAUAGUGAGUUAAAUCUGUCCCAAAUUUUUUAGCAGUAUGACCCACUCUUCCUCAGUUCUCAUUCACAGAUUGGCGCUAAAACUGCUACUGAAACUGUUCUGCUAGCUACUUUUAACUUCAUCAGCAUUUGAGCCAGUUAUGUGUCAUUCUAUGUAGUAAUGGCACUGAGGUGUGACCGUGUGGGAGGCGGCUAAUUGGCAACAACCAUAAACAGUUUACUUGCUAAACCAUAUCCUCAUCCUCUGCAAGAGAUCUUCUUCUAUAUUGAGCAGAUCGUAUAUGUUUUAUAAUGAUCCUGUAGAUUUUAUGUAAACUAAGAAUAAUGUAACUAGAACUUACAGACAGUGGAUGUAGAAAAUGCCAGAUGGAAAAUUCUGCGGGUGUUAUGGUGGGUAAAGGCGAGCGAAUGAGAUUACAUUUUACUUAUGUGUUUUAAUUUUGGUCCAUCUUAUUGUGAGGUGUCAUUCAACAGAGACAGAAUUGUUUUGUGAGUCAAGCUUUGUACAUCAUCACCCAGGAGCCAGGAAGAACACCUUCUCUACAUUUCUAUAAAAUAUUUCCUAGAAAUCAAAUGUGUAAUAUUGGAAAAUACGGCACCAAUAGGUGACUACAAUUAAUUUUUUAUGCUGUUUGCGUAGUUUUCUAAUAAUGCCAUGAACUAAAUGUAAUGGGGAAGUCACAAAUAUUCAUAAAGUAAUAUAGUUGGUUUAAUAAGCCUUAUAUAUUUUUUCUUUGUUUGUUUUUGCACGUGUUCCAACGUAAGAACUGACAAUGUUUAAACAUGUAAUACCUCCUGUAUAAUUUUGUUGUUGCUGUUUUCCAUAAGUUGUGAGAAAAUAAAAGGACUUAACCGUU